AAUGCACGGUGUUGAAGCUGGAUGUGGUGCGUGGCCAGCGGGAGCCGGUGACAACCAUACGGAGUCUGGCGAGCGUCACUUGCGAUGCCAACAACAGCAGCAGCAGCAGCAGCAACAACAACAAUCACAACAGCAAUCUGGCAGCAACGACGACAACAACCACGUACCUGCAGAUCGAGCAACAGCAGCGAAUUGGCUGCCGUCGAUGAGGAUGACGAUGACAACAUGGCGAAUCUCUUGAACAGCAGCCACAACAACAACAGUAACAACAACAGCAGCAACAACAAUCAGACGCACAGCAGCAACAUCGUGAGCAAUCAUCGAGCCAGCCAACCGAUCAUUGUCAAGAUCGAACCAACACAGGCAUUUCACAUUGUCGAUGAGGGCGAUACGCGUGUCUUGAGUUUGCCACUCAGCGAUGCCGACAAACUGGGCGCCAGUUGGAUUGAUCUCAAGGAUAUUGCUGGCCUGCAGACGGGCGGAGGCGCCACGCUGCUCGACGUCUGCUUCGAGUCGGUGACGGGCGAGGAGGAGGAUCUGGAUGAGGACGAUGAGGUGGGGGCAACAAUCAUAGCGAGCGCAUCGCCAGAGCAACUCGAAGAGCCAGCGCCCAAACGUUUGGCUCUAACUGCAACACACCAGCAACAGCAACAGCAGCAGCAACAUUCACAGCAGCAACAACAUUCGCAGCAACAAUCGAAGUACAUCUCAGAGCCUCCCGCUUUGGCGCGCACUGGCAGCUUUAGCAGCCUGAGCAGCUUCAGCAACAUCAGCAACGCCAGCAACAUCAGCAAUAGCAACAACAGCAAUCGCAAGACAGCCACGCCCACGCGUCGACGCGAGCGUACGCCUCCGCCGCUGCUGUUGACCACAGCAGCAAAGUCAACAGCAACAGCAACUGCUACGGCAGCAGCCACAAUAGCAACAGCAACAGCAGCAACUGCCACUGCAACGACGGCAACAACAACCGCAGCAACCACAACUGUUGCUGCGUUGGCGGCGACAGCAACGCGCGACAGAGACAGGGAUAGAGAACGAGAGCGAGACAGAGACAGGGACAGGGAUAGAGACAGAGAUAGCAGCAGCAGCAAUGGAGCCAUGACAGCUCAAAUUGAAAUAAUUCCAUGCAAAGUCUGUGGCGAUAAAUCAUCGGGCGUGCAUUACGGCGUCAUCACCUGCGAGGGCUGCAAAGGUUUCUUCCGGCGAUCGCAGAGCUCCGUUGUGAACUAUCAGUGUCCCCGCAAUAAGCAAUGCGUCGUGGAUCGCGUUAAUCGGAAUCGCUGUCAAUACUGUAGACUGCAAAAGUGCCUAAAACUGGGAAUGAGUCGUGAUGCUGUAAAAUUCGGCAGAAUGUCCAAGAAACAGCGCGAAAAAGUGGAGGACGAGGUGCGUUUCCAUCGCGCCCAGAUGCGUGCCCAAAGCGAUGCCGCUCCGGAUAGCUCAGUGUACGAUACACAGACGCCCUCAAGCAGCGAUCAGCUGCAGCACAACAACUACAACAGCUACAGCGGCGGCUACUCGAACAACGAGGUCGGCUAUGGCAGUCCCUAUGGCUACUCGGCAUCGGUGACCCCGCAACAGACGAUGCAAUAUGAUAUCUCGGCCGAUUAUGUGGACAGCACCACAUACGAGCCGCGCAGUACAAUGAUCGAUCCCGAAUUUAUUAGUCAUGCGGACGGCGAUAUCAAUGAUGUGCUGAUCAAAACUCUGGCGGAGGCGCAUGCAAAUACAAAUACCAAACUGGAAUCUGUGCAUGACAUGUUCCGAAAGCCACAGGAUCUAUCGCGCAUACUCUAUUACAAAAAUCUGGGCCAAGAGGAGCUCUGGCUGGACUGUGCCGAGAAGCUGACACAAAUGAUACAGAAUAUUAUCGAAUUUGCAAAGCUAAUACCGGGCUUUAUGCGACUCAGUCAAGAUGAUCAGAUAUUGUUGCUGAAGACGGGCUCAUUUGAGCUGGCGAUUGUUCGCAUGUCCAGAUUGCUAGAUCUCUCACAGAAUGCUGUACUGUAUGGCGAUGUGAUGCUGCCUCAGGAGGCAUUCUACACAUCCGAUUCGGAGGAGAUGCGUCUGGUGUCACGCAUUUUCCAAACGGCUAAAUCGAUAGCCGAACUCAAACUGACUGAAACCGAACUGGCGCUAUAUCAGAGCUUAGUGCUGCUCUGGCCAGAACGCAAUGGAGUGCGCGGCAAUACGGAAAUACAGAGGCUUUUCAAUCUGAGCAUGAAUGCAAUACGGCAGGAGCUGGAAACGAAUCAUGCGCCGCUCAAGGGCGAUGUUACCGUGCUGGACACGCUCCUCAAUAACAUACCCAAUUUCCGCGAUAUUUCGAUUUUGCACAUGGAAGCGCUGAGCAAAUUUAAGCAACAACAUCCGAAUGUUGUGUUCCCAGCGCUGUACAAGGAGCUAUUCUCAAUAGAUUCACAACAGGAUCUGACAUAACCAGAGCCGAUCUUUAUGGACACAUCAGCUGGCUCUGUGGCCGAUGUUGCAGCCGGUUGUCCGCUGCAGAUACUUGCAACAGCAACCGCAACGGCAACGGCAACAUCACCGGAGCAGCCACUGCAGCUGGAGGACUGAGGCGGCAUAACAACAACAGCAACAACAACAACAGCAACAACAAUAAUCAACAACAACAAAACAGCAAGCAACAUCAAUACAAACAAAACUUUAUCAUCAUUUAAGCUAGCAUACAACCAAGGAUGUGAUCCUGGCCGAGGACUCACUUAAAAGCUACAAACAAAAACAAAAAAACAAAGCAAAAAUAUUUCAAAAAUAUUAUAUAUACUUUUUUCUAGAAAAAAAAUAAAAAACAAAAGGAUGCAAAUGAUGAAAACACACACAGGCUAAUUACAUCAAAAACAAAACAAAAAAACAAAAGCAAAUACAAUUUAAUAAAUUUAAAACGUAACUCAGUUAAUAUUUCGCUUCAUAGACAACAAAAACAAAACAAAACAAAAAAAAUAUAUAUACAAAAGAAAACAAAAAGUCAAAAUGCAUUUUAGCAAAAAAAAAACUAAACAAAACCGAAAAUAAGCAAAAAUAGUUUUCAGUUAUGCAAAGCAAAUAAAAGCAUGUAAGCAAAACAUAGCCACGCCCCCCGCCCUCUAGCCAAGUACUUAAUGAACAAGCAAUUUAAAAUUUUCAUUUAAUUUUUUUGUAAAACUGAGCUCAGCUUGAUAUCAUGAUAUGCUCCCCUCUUCCUCCUCCUCCUCCUCAGUUCAAAGUCCCUUAAAUAAAAAUAAGAAAAACUAAAAACAAAAAAAAAAUAUAAAACACCGCUCUAACCCUCUAGGUUGUCUCUGCCUUUUGUUGUAAACUAAAAACAUGUGUAUUAUAUAUACAAUAUAUAUAUAUAAAACCAAUUUAUAUAUAUAAAUAUAAAAUUACAUUACGUACAUAUAAAUAUAUAUAAUCAUUUAUAUAUUAUCAUUUUUUAUACAUAAUGCAAAUACAAUUUUUGUAAACAAAAUGCGAAAAAACGAAAAAAUGGAAAAAAAUGCAAAAAACAAAAUCGAAUAUCUCGGAAAAAUGUGUUCUUAUAUAAUUAUGAUUAAUGUUUAAUGUUUAAAUAAUUACAAUUACAAUUACGUUUAACACUUUAAAAAAAAACAAGUUGCAAAAAACAAAACAACAACAAAACAAGAAAAACACAUUUAGGAGCAAAAACUUUUAUCAUUUUCGUUUAACUAUUUUAUAGCAUUUUUCCCCCAAAAAAUUCCGGUUCCAAGGUUUAUUAGAUUUAAAUGAGAAUAAAACAAAAAAAACAAAAAAAAAUACACAAUUUAAAUAAAAAGCAUUAACAGACUUUAAUAGUUUAGCUAAAACACAGCAACAACAACAACAACAACAGAAGAUGAAAAAUGAACAGAAACACUUUUGAUAUACAAAUACAAUAAAAGAUACAUAAAUAAAUUGUACUAAAUGAUAAAGUUAAUAUUGAGAAUGGAAAACAAAAAAAAAACAGCAAAAAACAAAAUGAUGAAAAUUAUAUCGUAAUUAUCAAGUUACAAGUUUAUUGUUUUAAGCGAAACUUAUAAGAAAUAAAAAACAAAAAACAGAAAAAAAACCAACAACAAAAAAAACAGAAACAAGAAAUAUAUAAGCAAGAAGAAUGAAAGAGAUGAAAACAAACAAACAAACAGACUGAUGGACCGCACGCCACAACAAAA